GGAAGCAAAUGGUGGCCCAUUGUUCUGUCGGGCUAGCAGUUAGCGGGGCUAGGCUAACUGCAGCAGACCGUAGAUCUCCACAGAAGACGCGGCUAGCUCUGGAUUUCAUUCGUCUCUAAGGCUCGUACAAUUCACACGCGGAUUGAAGGGACCAGGCUCCGACGGGAUGUCCCAGCACAGUCACAGACCGAACACGGGUCCUGCCUUGGCUGCCAGUAUGAUGCGUAAAGACGUCAACAAGCCGAAGGGGAAGACGUCGGCGUACGCCUUCUUCGUCCAGACAUGUAGAGAGGAACAUCGGAAGAAGAACCCAGAGCAAUCAGUCAACUUCGCUGAGUUCUCCAAGAAAUGUUCAGAGAGAUGGAAGGCUCUGUCUGCCAGCGAUAAGAAGUGUUUCGAGGACAUGGCCAAGGCCGACAAGGUGCGCUACAACAGGGAGAUGAGCGACUACGUCCCACCCAAAGGCUUCGGAAAGAGGGGCCGCAAGAGGAAAGAUCCCAACGCACCCAAGAGACCCCCGUCUGCGUUCUUUGUGUUCUGCAGUGAGUACCGUCCCAGUGUGAAGCAGCAGUUUCCUGGUCUGUCCAUAGGAGACUGUGCCAAAAAACUGGGGGAGAUGUGGAGCAAACUGUCCCAGUCUGAGAAGCAGCCGUAUGAGGAGAAGGCCCAGAAGCUCCGAGAGAAAUACGACCGGGACAUGGUGGCGUACCGCGGCGGCGGGACAUAUGCAGCCAGAAACCCCAGCUCUUCAGCUCAGGGAGGAGAGGAGGAAGAGGAGGAUGAAGGAGAGGAUGAAGACGAGGAGGACGAUGAUGACGAGUAGAGAAGAAGAGCUGAAGCUGGAUGAGUGACUGAGAGUGUGUUAGAGAGAGAGAGAGAGAGAGUGUGUGUGUGUUUCAGAAUUUAGACGGCGUUAAUGUGAAGGUGAGGGUCUGUGACAGCUGAUUGGAUGAGAGCUGGCAGGUGACAGGCUACAGUUCUGUUUAAACAUGAACAAACCUUCAGUCACAGAUCAGGGCUCACUGAUCCCUCUGUGUAAAUGAUUGAAACUCACAGUUUGGAUCUGAUCCCACAUCAGCAGCUCUCUGAUCUGCUUUUUUAAAUUCACACCUGAUCUAUCAGAAGCUGCUUCAGGCUGCACAGAGCAGGUGAGCCACACAGGAACAACAUGGUGAUUUCAAAAUAAAGGUGGUCUAACAGGACCUGUAUGUGAUGUAAUGAUGAGGAUGCAUUUUAACAAGUGAAACAUAACUGGACUCUCAGCUGUGGAACUGAAGGUUUCUGUUUGUGAUGAAACAUCAGCCUGAACUGUGGCAGAUCAGAUCAGAUUAGAUUAGAUCAGAUUAUCAUCAGCCUGAUCAAUGAAGGCCAUGUUGAUUAGCAGCUGUAGUGACAGAUUGAUUAACUGCUUCAGUCAGUGAGUUUAUCAGCCGUCAGGUUGAUCGUCUGAACCUGAAAGUCGCUCUGAAACACACACACACAGGACCACAGAGUGUGAGUGUGUGUGAGAGUGUGUGUGUGGUCAACUGUCUGACACCAGACGAUAGUAAAGUAACCCCCCCCACACACACACACUGUUACCAUGGUUACCCCUGCACCCCCCCCCCCCCCGCGUGUUACCAUGGAAACCCCUCUUCCUGCUCUUCAUCAUCAUGUUGUUUUUUAUUUUCUUACUGAAGGUUUAUUGCAGUUCUGUUCCUUGUUCACCGUCAGAGUAGAAACUUCAACUUUUAUAAUAAAAAGUGACUGAAAACACA